CUUUUGGAACGUGUGUGGCAGCGGCGACGGCAUCAGACCGACAAUCAUGAGUGCACUGGCUCGAUUUCAGGGACUGGCAACGCUGGUUACCGGUGGCGGCGCUGGGAUUGGGGCUGCCAUUGCCCAGCGCUUGGCCAGCGAGGGUGCCCGCGUUUGCGUUGUGGACCUGCAUGCCGACACGGCAGCGGCCACGGCCAAGGCGCUCCAGGCGGCCGGCGUCGAGGCCGUGUCGGCACAGGUGGACAUGUCGCAGCCCGAUGGACCAGCCGCUGCCGUGCAUGAGUGCGUACAAGCCUUUGGGCAACUGGAUGUUCUGGUGAACAAUGCCGCUGGCUUUCACUUUGAAUCACUGGCCAACUCGACCGACGCCGACUGGGAGCGCCUGUUUCGCCUCAAUGUGAUGGGCUACUCCAACGCAAUCAAGGCGGCUCAGCCUCAUCUUGAGGCAACCCAAGGCAGCGUUGUGAACCUGGCCUCGGUCAGCUCCUUUGUGGCUCAGCCAGACAUGUUUAUUUACAAUGCCACCAAGGGGGCCAUUGCCCAGCUGACGCGCUGCUUGGCCUGGGAUUUUGCUCCGAAGCAAGUCCGCGUAAAUGCCGUCGCGCCUGGGGCCAUUUUCACGCCCGCCUCGGUCCGCCACAUGGAACGCCUGGGGAUGACAAUCGAGGAGGGCAAGAAGGAUUUUAGCAGCGCUUCGCCCAUGAACCGCAUGGGCCAGCCCGAGGAGGUGGCCAGUGCAGUAGCUUUUUUGGCUUCCAAAGAUGCCAGCUUCAUUACAGGCGAGAUCAUUGUCAUUGAUGGUGGCGCCACCCUGGAUUAAAGCCCCCAACUCAAUCAUUGAGUUGCUUCUGCGCCCGUCGCUCGUACUGACCGCAAGGGUCAACUCUCUUGUUGCGCCUUUCUUUGAAAUCAAAAUAUCCGACGU